AAUGUGAAUGUCUUUGAACAAGAAGAGCUACAAACUCUUCGUGAAGGAGUUCAGCUUAUGAUUGUAGAUGUCCAAGCUCUUUACAACCGACAAGCAGAAGCUUCACAUCAUGGAAGGCCAGAGGUUAUAUCACAGGAACAUAAUGGUCAUCGUGGACGUCCUCGCACAAUAAUCAACCCAGACUUUCUCUCUUGGGCUUACGCUCAUCGUUCUACUUCUGGAAUCAGUGACUUUCUUGGAGUAUCAAGAGCUACUGUUAGACGUCGCCUUCUCGAAAAUAAUAUUGCUGUAUCUGGCAUUGACCCAUUCCCAUCUUCUGCUGGCAUCAGCACUAAUACUUUCGAACACUCUGAACACUUGGAGGCAGAUCGGCUGGAUGCACUGUUGGGCCAAUUGAGGGUCUAUUACUGCCGUGCAGGCAUCCAUGGCUAUUCACGGAUGAUUACUGGACUACGAGCAAGUAACAACAAUCGGGGUGAGACUGUACUUUCACUGUUUAUGGCUGCG